AUGUUGCCGCAUCUGCUUUCAUUUGUGGCAAGGGUGAAAAAAUAUCCCCAGCUUUGCCGACUCUCUCGUGUGUGAGUGUGUGUGUGAAGGCAGGGGCCUGUUUUGUGUCGUUUUGUGUGUAGUGACAGCAGGUGGUGCGUACUUUCAUGUGAUCACAGCUCCAUGAAGAUAUGCCUAGAUAAAAACAUGGGUGGUUGCGUUUUUUAAGUUGAAAAUUCACGCACAUGUUCAAAUUGGUGGGGCUGCUGCUGCUGUGCGCGGUCCGGCACUUCCGGCUGGAAAACAUCGUGGAGAACCCGGACGAGGCGCUAGCAACCGACAACAAGAAGGGGUACGCCAUGAGACAGGCGUCCGCCAUCUUGACCUUCGUGUCGCUAGAGAUUGCUGAUGGACUUCACCCCAUCAAGCACAGCGAGGUUGCGGCGCUUCCGGUCGGCGUGACCGGUAAAGUGGUUCGGGCGUGGGUGCGUGAUUUUGUCAACGGCAAGAGGUUCAAGGUUCGCGUGCGGGACCUCGCUGCUCGCAACCUGCUCUCGGUAAUCAACGACGAGGACUUUCGCGAAGAGUCGCGCGAGUGGCUGGACGCCAAGAUAUACGGCCGCAAGGAGGGGGAGCCGCAGCUACGUGUUCGGGACUUGCAGAAAUGGCUGCAGGACUUGGGCUUCCGUUGGCGGCGACACCGAAAGUGUGUCAACGCAGACGGUCACAACCGCCCCGACAACAUCAGGAGGAGGAUGGGUUACGUGACGGAGAUGCAGGAGCACCAGAAGCGUACAGUCAAGUGCGUAUUGAAUUUGUGGUGUGAUUGGGUCUGCAAUGUUUCCGAUUUCGUGUAAGGUUUCCAUCGUGGAACCGACAACUUACUUUUUUUUCAAGUUUAGAUGUCGUUCAAGUUUGAGCAUUUACGCGAACAUACAACCUUGCGCAGGGACCUCUUGUU